ACAUUUAUUAUCUCUCACUAACAAAAUAACAAUUCCUUUUCCUCCUCUCUUCUCUCUCUUGAAAAACCCUCUCUGAUAUUACUCCUUUAACUCCGCAUGAUUGAACAGAUCAGGCCGUAAAAACCAUUUCGACUCUCAUUUUCUGCUUUCUUUCUCUUACUUCUUUUUGCUCUACGACUUGCAGGAUUUUGAAUUUUUGGAGGGUUACUUGUUAGUGUCUCGCUGUUUGUUUGUUUGUAUGUACCUUUGGUUUUUCAUUUUUGAAAAGUGAACAAGUUUCGAUGUCUACUGCUGCUCCUUCUUCUUCGUCUUCUUCGGCGUCUAAGAAAUGCUUCAAUUUGGAUUGUACGGACUUCAAAUCCAGGAAAGGUUGGCGGCUUCGUUCCGGAGAGUUUGCUGAGCUUUGUGAUCGAUGCGCUUCUACUUAUGAGGAGGGGAGAUUCUGUGAGAUUUUCCAUAUGAAUGCCACUGGUUGGAGAUGUUGUGAAUCUUGUGGGAAGCGAGUUCAUUGUGGAUGCAUUGUUUCAAAUCAUGCAUUUAUGCUACUGGAUGCUGGAGGGAUUGAGUGCAUGGCAUGUGCAAGAAAAAAUGUUGUUUUGACAUCAAGUACUGCAUGGCCACCUUCGAUAUUUUACAAUAGUCCUUUAUCUGAGAGAUUUAAAGACGUUUCUGUCAAAAAUUGGAGUCAGUUAGCGGGGUCAGGUCCAGUACCAUGGCGGCAAGCACCCAGUUUGUUCAAUUCUUCUAUUUCUCAUUCCGAUGGGCAUCCCAGAACACUCUAUGAAAUUGACAGGCUUCAUGCGGGUGAAAGAUCAACUCUCCCUUCUCUAGAAAAAGGGAGAAUAGAGGAUUUUUCUGAAAGAUUAAUAAAUGGGAACCUGAAGCUUGGUACACGUGCACGGGAUAUAGUUGAGAAUGGUAAUGCAGGAACCAGUAGUGAGGAGAAACCUGGUUCUUGCUUAGGUAUAUCGCAUCAACCGUCUCUAAGGGAGGAUCCAUCUGCUCCACAAUUUGGAAUGCCUCUACCUUUCACAUCUCUCAAUGAACCAAAUGGUCAAAUUGGUGGUUCUGGAACUCCUUUACGGCAACCUGCUCCACCUUUGCUUGCUAAGCAAUUUCAUGGUAAUUUGCACGGUGGAGUCGACUCAUCACCUGAUACUCAUAUUCGCAAUGGAAGGCCUCGAGCAGAUGCUCGUGCAAGAAGCCAAUUACUCCCUCGUUACUGGCCCAGGUUUACAGAUGAAGAGCUACAACAGAUUUCUGGAAAUUCAAAUUCUGUAAUCACUCCUUUGUUUGAGAAAAUGUUGAGCGCUAGUGAUGCUGGGCGAAUUGGGCGUUUGGUGCUGCCGAAAAAAUGUGCUGAGGCUUAUUUUCCGCCCAUCUCACAUCCUGAAGGAUUGCCUCUUAAGGUCCAGGAUUCUAAAGGCAAAGAAUGGAUAUUUCAAUUCCGCUUCUGGCCUAACAAUAAUAGUAGAAUGUAUGUUCUUGAGGGGGUAACUCCUUGCAUACAGAAUAUGCGGUUGCAAGCUGGCGAUAUAGUAACAUUUAGUCGACUAGAGCCAGAAGGAAAAUUGGUUAUGGGAUUCAGAAAGGCUUCAACUGCUCCAUCAUCUGAUCAGGAUAAUGAUACAAGUAAGACUAGUAAUGGUCUUUCUGCAAAUAGAGAUGCUGAAUUUGCUGAUCCCAGUCCUUGGUCUAAAGUAGACAAGUCAGGAUACAUAGCUAAAGAAGUUCUUGAAGCAAAAUCAUCAAUCAAAAAGAGGAAAAGCAGCACAUUGGGUUCUAAGAGUAAGCGCCUGAGAAUUGAAAAUGAAGACAUGAUAGAACUGAAGCUAACAUGGGAAGAAGCACAAGGACUGCUGCGCCCCCCUCCCGACCAUAUUCCUAGUGUUGUGGUGAUUGAAGGAUUUGAGUUAGAGGAAUAUGAGGAUGCCCCAAUUCUUGGGAAGCCAACAGUUUUUGCAACUGAUAAUUCGGGUCAAAAGAUUCAAUGGGUUCAAUGUGAAGAUUGUUUUAAAUGGCGCAAAUUGCCUGCUGAUGCUCUUCUUCCGUCCAAAUGGACAUGUUCUAGUAACUCCUGGGAUCAAGGAAGAUCAUUUUGUUCAGCAGCUCAAGAAUUGACAGCAGAGCAGCUUGAAGAUCUGCUACCUUCUUGUCAUAUAGCUGCUUCCAAGAAAAUGAAGGCUUCUAAACAGGAUGUUGAUAAUGUUGAAGCACUGGAGGGGCUUGACACUCUUGCCAACCUAGCUAUUUUAGGAGAGAAUGAGGCACUUCCAGCUUCAUCCCAAGCCACCACAAAGCACCCACGGCAUAGGCCUGGCUGUUCCUGUAUUGUUUGCAUUCAGCCACCAAGUGGGAAGGGUCCAAAACACAAGCAGACAUGCACAUGUAAUGUGUGCCAAACAGUGAAGCGACGUUUCAAAACCCUAAUGAUGAAGCGUGAGAAGAAGCAAUCGGAGAAAGAAGCAGAAACUACUAGGAAAAAGCAGCAACAAGCUUUACCUGAGAAAUUGUUGGAUGAUGACCCCUCACCAUCGACCAACACUGAAAGUAGCAGCCCAGACAAAAAAAAGAUGAUCAGUGAAGGCUCUGAUGAUGACCCCAACAAAACUAAAUCCUCCACUUCACCUUUUAAAGGUCAAAUAGACCUGAAUAUCCAGCCAGAACGAGAGGAAGAGUUGUCACCUGGUUCAGAUUCUGGAAGCAUGAUGAAGAUGCUCCAAGAUGCUACUGAGAGGUAUCUCAGGCAGCACAGGUUGUUAGUCUCAGACGACGACAAUAAUAUUUCAUCAGGUAAUCAAGUACUUGCAGGUCAUGAAAUGGGUGAAAAAAUCAGCAAUGGCGUUGUGCUUGGCAACGGUCAUCAAGAUUCUGACAAAGAUCAUCCUGCAACUUUCUCAGUGAAAGUGUCUGCGACCUCUCCAGCCACUGGAUAGUUAUGCCUUUAAUUAUGAAAUGCUGUAUUGACUGUCCAUGUAGGACUUGGGAGCUGAAUCCGAGGAUUAUUUAUCUUUGUACGUUUAUACAUCGGUAUGGCGCUUCUUUGGUCUGUACAUACAAGUAGAGAGGUAGGAAGAGUGGGCAACAUGGUUGAGAAACCGAUAAUUUUGCUGAUUCACAUUCAUAUGUGAUCUUCUCUACUGUAAUAUAAGCGAAUGCUAAUUAGUUUAGAGGGAAAGAAUGACGAUAACAAGUGGUAGUAGGUUGAAGCUAUGUACUUCAGUUUAGGAGCUCACUGCUGCCCUGGUUCAGGUUCAGGUUCAGGAUCACGAGAAUGUAACUAAGCUGUGCCAGUUUUUCACUCGGUGAAAUGAGAAAUUGCUUCUGUUAUUCUAGUUAA